GUUGGGGAUGAAGAGGCGCUGUUCAAACGCGCAGAAUGCUUGCUUUAAGAAACGUGUGAUCAGAGGAAGGAUGCUGAAUCCCGGUUCCGCUGCUUUGGGUACCAAAAUCUUGCGAAGCGACACCAGCUUGACUUUAUUAUGGCGACCACGAAGGGACCCAGAGUGGACAUCUCUCCUUCACCUGAACUCUACGAGGAACUGGAGCCUUGGUACCAGCAGAGGCUACUUGUGCCCAUCUGCCUCCUUGGAGAGUCCAGACAAAUUUGGAUGACAUUAUAAUACUUAGAAAGAUAGGUAUGGACACUGAAGAAAUAAAGAAUGAGACACAGAACGAUAAAAAAAAUACCUCAGUUUCAAGACAGCAAUCAAAUGCUGAUAAGCAUCACCAGCAGAGAGGAUACUCAAGAUUCAUAAACAACGUUGAGGAAAGAAAUGAUGAAAAGCCAAACGGAGAAACUUUUGGAUUCAAGUCUGGACAAAGUUCUUUAAACAGGCAGCCUUUAAAGAAGCAGGAGAAGUGCAAUGAAAAUUCUAAAGCCCAAGCAGUGAUGAAUCAAGGCCAAUCAGAGAGGAACCAACAUCAAUCAGAAGGAUCUCAAGGCCAAUCAGAAGAAAAUCAACACUAUUCAGAGAGAUCUCGAGGCCACUCAAAGAGAUCUCAUGGCCAAGCAGAGAGAUCUCAUCGUCAAUCAGAAAGAUCUCAUGGCCGAAAAGAGAGAUCUCAUCAUCAAUCAGAAAGAUCUCAUGGCCAAGCAGAGAGUUCUCAUUGUCAAUCAGAAAGAUCUCGUAGCCAAUCAGAGAGAUCUCAUCGUCAAUCAGAAAGAUCUCGUAGUCAAAAAGAGAGAUCUCAUCAUCUCAUCGUCAAUCAGAAAGAUCUCAUGGCCAAGCAGAGAGAUCUCAUCGUCAAUCAGAAAGAUCUUGUAGCCAAUCAGAAAGAUCUCGUGGUCAAUCAGAAAGAUCUCCUGGUCAAUCAGAAAGAACUCGUGGCCAAUCAGAGAGAUCUCGUGGUCGAUCAGAAAGAUCUCGUGGUCGAUCAGCAAGAUCUCAUGGCCGAUCAGAGAGAUUUCAUGGUCAAUCAAAGAGAUCUCAUGGCCAAUUAA